AUGUAUGCUAAAAUUGCCGAACUGGGCUAUCAGAACCAGAGUUAUUUCUCGUGGGAUGAGCUGAGUUAUUUCCCUGUUUUUAUUUUCAACUCUGACAUCAUCACACGUUUCAAUAACGUUACAGUCUAUGUCUUAAUCCCAGCCAUCUCUUGUAUGGGCAUCUUCGGCAAUGUAAUGAGCAUCAUCAUCCUGUACCGUCACGGCCUGGAGAAAUGCUCCAACAUUCUUAUCUGCGCUUUGGCCGUGGCCGACAGCAUGUACCUGGUAGGAAUCAACAACUUCUCUCUGUUCUUGUACCGUAUCCUCAAUCAUUACGGCUACUUCUAUACAGAGAUCCUAUCCGGCUUCAUCUACGCUCUGUUCCUGAGCUUCGUCCUGCUGGAGACUGUCGGUAAAGUCGUCUCCAUGAUCUUACCGGCUCUGAUCAUCAUCGAACGUUUCACUGCGGUCUUCUUUCCGCUUCACUUCUCCACCAUCGUCACGGAAGGGAGGAUCAAGGCUGCAGUGGUGCUCAUGUAUCCCCUGGGGCUUACGUCCUUCCUGUUUUACAUCUCCACCCAGCAGUACGCCUACGUCUAUGAUGCCAGCAUCAACGCCACUGUCGGCUACAUUCUAAAAUCAGAGUCGUAUGUUAAAAGCUACCCGAUAUUCGGCAAGUCCACGCAGAUCUACACGACUCUCUGCGGCCCUUUUUGCGUGGGAUUCGUCGUGAUGGGCUGCGUUCUAAUAUCAGUCAAACUUCAAGUGCAGUUACAUAUUCGAAAAAGAAUGAUUACAACAGGGAAAAGUAGGUCAAUCGAUAAUACUAAGGAUGAGGUGAAGAAAAAGCUCAACUCUCAGGUACAGACGAACAAAACGACCAAAAUCCUUCUGUCCGUCUGCUUCGUGUACACCGUCACUGGCACGUUCAACUUCCUGUCUGACAUGGUGUUCACAAUGGAGAGUCUGGGCUUCGUGACAGGCUUCAUCAUCCACAGGAGCGGGAUCAUGUUCCUCUGCGUGAACAGCACGGCGAACUUCAUCAUCUAUGUAGCGUUCAAUCGGAACUUCAGGAAGACUUACCGGGACUUAUUUCUCAAGUGCUGUCGUCCCGGUAAGAAAAUGAAAUAAUGGAGACACAUUGCUGCCAACUUUAAUUGAGAGAGCGUAAAAAAUAAUUUAUCAUUGUUGCCAACUCUCAUCCAACAUUUAUGGGUACCUGACAUUAUUUGGGAAAAGUUAACGCGAUUAGUCGUCGUGCUGGCCUCAUGACAUCCAAAUUAAAAUUGGUCAUAGAAACCUAUGACCCUAACUUCAUCCGCCCAAUAAGAUGACAAAGUCUGAAAGGGAUUAUUUUUUUUUUUAAAUCAAGUUUA